CGGGGUGUCAGAGACCCGCCCUGCCUUUACUUGAAGGGCCCCCACCUUGGCCCAGCCACACCACUGCUGGCCAAGCAGCCAUGGCAGGGAGCUUGAACGUCCCCCACAAGACCCCGCUGCCAGAGGGCGUCCGUGCGGGCACUGUGGUGAAAAUUCGGGGCUUAGUCCCUGAGAACGCUGGCAGGUUCCACGUGAAUCUGCUGCUCAGCGACGGGCCAGAGGCAGACGCGGCGCUGCACUUCAACCCGCGGCUGGACGAGGGCGUGGUGGUGCUGAACAGCAAGGACAAGGGCAAAUGGGGCCGCGAAGAGCGCGGCGUGGGGCUCCCGUUCCAGCGUGGGCAGCCCUUCGACCUGCUGCUCAUUGCCACUGAGGAGGGCUUCAAGGCGGUGGUCGGGGACGGGGUGUGUCAUCACUUCCAGCACCGGCUGCCCAUGGGGAACAUUCAGAUGCUGGAGGUGGCUGGUGAUGUGAAGCUGGACUUUCUGAGGGUCCUCUGAGUGGAACCCAUGUGUCCGGGAAAGGCAAGGACAAAGCUUCAAUGGCAAAUAAAAUGUUAUCCAGUA